UACCAUACUCCAUCCGAGCCCCGACGAUAUACGACCAAUAAUCGAUACCGCAGCGACGGGGGUGGGACGAGUAUCAUUCGUUCGUUAUGAUGCUAGGGGAUUAAAGGGAUCUGGGGAUAGCGUUGGAUGCGCAGACGGGAUCUCUCGUCGCAACAGUGGGUUUCUUCCAGUACCGACCUAGCUAGAUAGGAGCGGCGAUGGAGCAUGCUAUGUAGAAGAAGAAGAAGAAGAAGAAGAAGAAGAAGAAAAAGCAUGGUGUCAGAGCCCUCAGUGGACGUGACUGAGGGGGAGAGUGUGCAGCAGGGUGGGCGCAGCGUUGAUGAUACUUUAUUACUGGUCCGAUUGAAUUGCUUUUCUCCUCUUGCUUUUGCUUGAGGGCUGCUUCCAUCGCUCACCGGGCCCUGCAAGGGUAAAAUUCCCGCAAUCUGCGCCUUUUUCUCUGCCAAGAAACAGCAUCUCAGAGGCAGAUGCCACACCUCCUUGCAUCGCCACCUCUCCUUGAAUGGAAAGCUGUGCUUCUUUUUAUUAGUUCGUCUUCCGUAGGUGAGUCUGGAGCCUAUUUCACUGUUCAAGAGCAUGGUUCCUUGACUUGGGGGUUGACAUUAUUUGGCCAUUUGUAGGGGUGUGCGUGGUUAGGGGUUUGGUUGAAGGAGAGGAGUUGUUGGGUGUGUAAGUGUUUGAGAGUGGGAGGUGCAUUUGGUGUCUUGCGUCAGAAGGCGAGGUGGGGUUAGUAGUUCGGGGAUUGUGAAGUCGUGGAGAGGGAGCGAUGGCGCAGCAGCCGAGUACAACGAUGAUGAUGGCUAUGCAGCAGCAGCAGCAGCAGCACCAGGUGCACGGAGGAGGGCAUCACCACGGGGGGAUGGGGUUUCAACAUCCUGGAAUGGGAAGCCAGCAGCAGGGGGCUGGAGGGGGUGGCGGUCCUGUCAUGGGCGAAUUUCUGGAGCACAUGUUUGGGAUUCCGGGUGGAGGGAUGUUUGACAUGGGGGCGGGUGGCAGAGGCGGGUCGUGGGAUUACAAUGUGGGUUCAGCGGCGGGGAAGGGGUUUGGAGUGGGAGGGAUAUCUUCUGGAGUGGGGUUGAGUAAGAAGGGGAAUGAGGGUGUCGAUUAUGGCUUGUCAGAGGUGCAGAUUCGCCACCACCAUCAACAGCAACAGCAGCAGGGUGGUGGAGCUAGAGGUGAGGUUGCCAUGCCCGUGGGGAGGGAGGCUCGUAAUGGCGCGGCUGUGCAUGGGGAUUCGUUAACGCGGUCAGUGUCACUGGGAAGCAGUGCAAGUGAAGAUUCCGGCCCACAGCAAGGCAAAAGCGACCAGUUGAUGGUCUCGCCCAGCCAUCUUCAGCAGCCGUAUGGUGGUGGCGGUGGCGGCAGCGGCAGCGGGGUGUCACCACUGCCCAUGAACUUUCCUCAAGCCAAGGCAGAGAAUGUGUUGCUGGUCGGAGGGAUGGACUCGCACAACGCCCUUGGGAAACGAUUCCGGGACGACGACGAUGGUCGCCCCAGGACCACUCAGGGAGUUAUGUCAACUGGAAGUGCCCAAGGGUCUGGGUAUGCCAACCCAGGAGGUGUCCCCUCGGGACAGCCACUGCCUGGCAUAGGGGCUAGACCACGAGUGCGAGCACGUCGUGGUCAAGCAACUGAUCCGCACAGUAUUGCUGAACGGCUUCGCCGAGAGAGAAUCGCUGAGCGCAUGAAAGCCUUGCAAGAACUUGUUCCCAACUCUAACAAGACUGAUAAGGCGUCUAUGCUGGAUGAAAUCAUCGACUAUGUCAAGUUCCUGCAACUUCAAGUGAAGGUUCUAAGUAUGAGUCGAUUAGGAGGUGCUGGUGCACUUCCUUCACUUGUUAAUAAUGACCUGCCUUCUGAGGGUGCAAACACUUUCGCUGCAUCAGCUGGGUCUUCCGGUAUACCUAACCCCGCUCAAGAUGGGUUAGCUUUGACUGAAAGGCAAGUGACGCGCAUGAUGGAGGAUGAUAUGGGCUCCGCAAUGCAAUAUUUACAGAGUAAGGGACUCUGUCUUAUGCCUAUCUCUCUUGCAACUGCGAUAUCAACAACAGGCAAGGGUUCAGCGCAAGCGACUGCUAAUGCAGGGGAGCGACUUGGAUCAGCAGCGGCAGCAAAUACGGGUAAAUCUGUCACUGAUCCUAGCUCAGCUGGAGGAUCCAAGGAGGACGGUUCAGAGACUGCUAGGGUGACUGAAUGUGCCACUCAAGGGACCUAAAAGCUCAUGCCAGGUUCUGCAGCUGAUGUGGCAGGAUGUAGCCAUGGCUACGUAUCAUCUGUGCACAAAUCAGUAGCUUCCGACUGUAGCAGUGUUGUUUCUGAGUGACCUGAAGCUACUGAGGCUGGAGAUAUCCCGGUUGUAGCUCCUGACAUGCAGCAGUUACUCUUUGUGGAGGUGCGUCUGUAGCUUGCUUCCCUGAGGAGUGGAGCUUGUAGUGACAGGUAAACGGAGUCCAGGUGUGUUGACAAGUGUCGACUCUGCAAUGCACGUACUGCAUUCGUUCAGGCAUAUCCGUUGUAUUCUAAAAUAGAGGCUGACAAUUUUUAGGAGAACCUACUUUAAUUGAGUGGGCCCGUUGAAUUUGCAGUGGGUGGACCUCUGAAGUUCGUCUGAAUCUUUUAAUUUUUUUCACUGCCUUAACCUAAAUGCAACUUCGGUCAUAAGUAAAUACAAAUUUUGAAGUUUGUACAGCAUUCCUAAUUUGAUAGUAGUAUCUUCAGCUCAACAUAAGUGGAGCACUUGUUCGUUCUUCUCCGUCUACUUUUAUCACCCUUUUGUGAAUACAAGAACUUGGUUCAGCUUGUCUUUGCUGUUGAAA